UUUAUUUUUUUCUUUCCUUUCCUUUCUUCCUCUUUUUCCUUGUAUUUCAUUACAUAUAGAUAUCAUGGCAACAAAAUCGGACGCUUUGUAUGUUUCUAUUGGAAGCAUGGGUACAGCACCUCAUCAACGACCAUUCAGCUGUAAUGUCAGUCCUGUUGUUUUAUUUUCAGUUCUUGAUCAUUACUUACGUCGAAACGCCAAUCAACAAAAAGUAGUCGGUGCCUUAUUGGGUGUACGUAGUGACGAUGGUACAGAAGUUGAAAUCCGUAAUGCCUUUAGUUUGAUUUAUGCUCUCGACAAGACCAACAACGAUAUCAUUCUCGAUGAAGAUCACUACAAAACCAUGCUUGAACUCCACCGUAAAGUUAACCCAGAAGAACUCAUCUUGGGUUGGUACACUGCUGGUGAAAAAGUUACUCCUGUUGCUUCUGCUCUUCAAACUUCCUUUGCUCAAGACUGUGCUCCUUUCAAUCCUAUUCACAUUACCAUUGAUCCCGAAGCUUUAUUCAAUACUUCUGGUUUGGGUUUGAAUGCCUAUACUACUGCCCCUGUUGGCUUUUCUAAUGAUGGUGACUGUAUGUUUUUACCUGUGCCCUGUGAUAUCAAAUACUUGGAUGCCGAACGAAGUGGAUUGGAAAUGCUUGCCUCUGCAAAAACUUCAGAAUCUCGCACCGCUUCAUUGUUAUCGGAUAUGGAUCAUCUUGAAGUAGCUAUUGUACAAUUGCAAGAUCUUUUGGAUAAAAUCAGCAAAUACGUUGACAAUGUGGUGGCUGGUAAAACUCAACCCAACAACUCCAUUGGUCGAUAUAUCAUGGAUACUGUGUCGGUUGUUCCCAAGAUUGAUGGUGCCGCCUUUGAAAAGAUGUUCAACUCUCACUUGCAAGAUUUACUGAUGGUUGUUUAUCUUGCCAAUAUGACCCGUACCCAACUCUCUGUAGCGGAAAAACUUCAUCUCUUGGUUAACAACAACUAGAUUAUACAUCCGUCUCUCAAUUCUCUCUUCCCACACAUAUUUUUUUUUUUUACACUUCUCAUUCUUUGUCAUUUUAUCAUACACUUUCGUUUGUGAACCUUUUGUUUUAGUAUAAUAAAAAAGGCAUGUUUUAUUUUUU